CAGUUAGGAUGGUGUCUCCUGCUAUCGCUCUGGCCUUCCUCCCCCUCCUGCUGACACUUCUCAUCAGGUACCGUUACUACUUUGUGCUCUUCUAUCGGGCGGUCCUGGUCAGGAUAUGGAAGGACUGUGUUACCGGUCUGAGCAGAGAGGAGCGAGUCUUCCAGUAUGUUCUCACUCAUGCCACCCCUGGAGACCCUGACAGCAUCCUGGAUGCUUUCGAUGACUGGUGCAGCAAGGUGGAGUACAUCAGCAACAUCGGGCCUAAAAAAGGGAAGAUCCUGGACCGGCUGCUGAUGGAGCAGAGCCCUCUCACAGUGCUGGAGCUGGGGGCCCACUGUGGGUACAGCACUGUACGGAUCGCCCGAGCUCUUCCCCUGGGUGCAAGGCUCUACAGCUUAGAGAUGGACCAGAGGAAUGCUGCCAUCACUGAGAAAGUCAUCCGCCUGGCAGGUUUUGAUGAUGACACGGUGGAACUCAUUGUCGAUCCAUCUGAUGAGGUUAUCCCUCGGCUGCGUUCUGAAUAUGGUUUGGAAAGGCUGGAUUUUGUCUUCAUGGAUCACUGGAAGAAAUGCUACGCUCCAGAUUUACAGAUGCUGGAGGGCUCUGGCCUUCUGGGUAAAGGGACCAUGAUUGUUGCUGACAAUGUGCUGUUCCCCGGGGCUCCAAAGUUUCUGAGACACAUUCGCAAGAGCGGUCUGUACAAAUGGAAGGUCCACCGGGCCACACUGGAGUACAGCAAAGGCAUCAGAGACGGGAUGGCCGAGCUGGUGUAUGAGGGUAUCAAGUAG